GAAAGUUAUGGAAUUCCUAGUUCAAAUUUUUCAAAUGAAAGACCUUCAAAUAACUCUUCUUUUGCUAUUCAUAGUAAAAGUAAUAUUAUAAUAGAUGAUCAAAGAGCAAUUAUUGAUUAUGCUAAAAGGUUCAUGAAAAAUUUUAAUGAACCAUCAAACUUAAUUGGAUUCAAACUUUUAGUUGAAGAUCCUGAAAUAAAAUUUCCUACAAAAUUAUUAGUUGAUGCUCUCUUAUUGCUUAGCGAUUCUUCUUCAUUUGAAUGCUAUAUAGGUAAUACUAUUCCGCAUUUAGAAUUACGCCUCCGAACUUGGUUUGCUGUUUUAGAAAAAGUGGUUUAUUCUCCUACUGUAUUGACCCGUGAAAUCCGUGAAAAACUUCGCAGUAAUUUGGAUAGAUUUAUUAAUAUUCAUUACCAAAUAACUAUGGUUUUUAGUCAGAAGAAUGAUCAUAGCUAUAAACCUGGAGAGAUUGACAGCACUAAUGAUACUGAUAUAAUAUUUCCAAAUUAUAAUAUUAACUUUUUAUUAUUCCACUUGCGUGAUACUUUGAACUUUAUACGUGAUGAUGAAUUUUAUUUUGAUGAAUUUUUAAGAUGUGUCAAAGAAGGCCUUAUAGAACUUAUUAGGGCCACUCCUAGAAUAUCAAACACUUCCAGAAACAUCCCAGUUGCACUUGGUGAACUUUUUGUUAGUGGUACCAUGCCAAGAUUUAUUAAUUUUCUUAGGAUUAAAUGUCCUGUCGAUUACUGGUAUCCCACAUGGCGUGAACUUCUAAUUGUACAUUAUUCAUUAAAAACUUUAGCUCAAGACGUAAAUUUUAAUAUCUUACAAUUUUAUAACGAGGCUUAUCUUCUUGAAUCUCUUUGGCAACAUACUUUUAAUGAGAGCUAUAAGCAAUCAACUAAUAUUGAUAUUUUAGCAAUCCUUAAUGACCAGAGUAAAUUUUCCAGUUUAUGGAUCAGUGAUGAACCAACUACUCUACCGAACAUGUUAUGGUUUGGAGUAUUAGAUCUUGCCCAAAACUUAAGCUAUAAAACAAUUCAACCUACCAGUUUAGCUCUUUGUUAUUAUUUAGGUCUAGAAUCGUUACAAAAAUCCCAAAACUAUUUCAUUCAAUUCAAAUCUUUAGAGUUACUCUUAUCGUUAUCUUUUCGAGAACCUGAUUGGUUUGAAUAUAUGGUACAAGAAGAAAUAGAAAAAUUUAUUGAAGCAUUACCGAUAGAUGCUCGACAAAAUUUUAAAAAUUUAAUUCGUGAUAUAAAUAAAAAGAUUAAAUUAGAUAAUGAAUUUAUCGAACAAUUAAAUAUAGUUAAUAACAAAGAAAAAUCAGUAGUUAAAAAUAAUUUACCGGAUAAAAAUUUGUUCUCUUUAUUAGAAAUAAUUUCUGAAAAUUUUACUUGCCCAAUUACCGGACAAAUAACUGACGAUUUUUUGAUUCUAGCAUGCUGUGGCUAUUCUGUUAGCUAUCAUGCCAUUGACAAGUGGAAAAAAAUAUCUGCACUUGAGAAUAAAUUAUUCGAAUGUCCAUUUUGUAGAACUGAAAUAAAUCAAAAAUCACUUUAUAAUCUUAUGCAAAAUGCAAUAGUAAAAAGUCUUCACGGAAGAUUAAAAGAAGCAGGAUUAGAAAAACGGGAAAUAUUAACACAUAAGAAUUGUUUAAUGGAUGAUGGCUUAUUUUUAAAGACGAAUAAAAUGCAUAUGUGUAGAAUUCAUUUAUCAUCAAAAUUACCUAUCUCAAUUUCACGAAAAACUUGUCCAAAAACUUUACAUCCAGCCUUCAAUAAAGCAGCUAAAGCAGAACAACAAAAUGAUUAUGCGGCGACUAUAAUAUGGUUAACUCAAGUUUUGCAAUUUUAUCCAAAAAGUUAUUCUGUUCAAUGUAGAAGAGCAUUCGCAUCUUGGAAACUUGGAUUAUAUUUGCAAGCUUUAGAAGAUCUAGAAACACAAUAUUUCAAAGAAUUUCUUUUAAAUGCUAUCAAAAAGUUUUUAAAUACUGUGCUUAAUACUUAA